CUUUUCGAUUCAAUUUACACUUCUCAGCUCCCCAGAUCCGAGAGGACAGCUGCAUUAUAAUGGACAAUUCGACAGAACAAUCAAUGUUGGAGAUAACAUCGGAAGACUACUAUGGCGACUUUGAUAUCUCUGAUCUUGUGGUUAGCCAGCCUUGCAGACCCAUUGUAGUCGAAAAUUUUGUGCGGGUCUUUGUGCCUGUUCUGUACUCCCUCGUCCUCCUAUUGGGAGUUUUUGGCAACACAAUGGUUAUCCUGAUCACUGGAUGCUACAAGGCAACCAGGAGAACCCUCACGGAUACCUUCAUCCUAAACUUAGCCGGAGCUGAUCUCCUCCUGGUCUUCACCCUCCCCUUUUGGGCAGUAGAGGCGGUCAUCGGCUGGACGUUUGGCACCACCAUGUGCAAGAUGAUUGGCGCCAUCUUCGCCCUGAACCUGUACAGCAGCAUCCUGUUCCUGGUCUGCAUCAGCUUUGACCGCUACCUCGCCAUCGUCCACGCCAUCCACAUGUAUCGCAAACGCAAGCCUGUCUACAUCCACGUCACCUGCCUCGUCGUCUGGCUCUUCUGCCUCCUGCUGGCCACCUUGGACCUCGUCUUCCGCGACACCUACACCUCGAGCUACCUCAACUCCACCGUCUGCACCUACAUGUUUCACCCGGAUAGCGCCGGGGCCUGGAAACUCGCCAUCAUUGCCACCCAUCACGUCAUUGGCUUUUUUGCCCCCAUGGCUGGCAUGCUGUACUGCUACUGCCUCAUCUUCAAGACGCUGUGUCGUGCCCAGAUGCUGGAGAGGCAGAAGACCCUCAAGGUGGUGGUGGCUCUGGUGGUGGUCUUCGUCAUCUGCUGGCUGCCCUACAACGUGGUCCUUUUCGUCGACACCCUCCAGUCUCUGAGCGCCAUCCACCCCGACUGUGCCAGGCUGAAUGCCCUGGAUAUCAGCCGCACGGUGACCCAGAGCCUGGGCCUGGUCCACUCCUGCCUGAACCCCCUGCUCUACGCCUUCAUAGGGGUCAGGUUUCGGCAUGAGGUGGUUAGGAUACUUGUACGUUUGGGGUGCCUAAAGAAGAGGCUGGCAUCGGGAAGGCAGACUGGGAAACACAAACGGACAACCUCGGCCAUCUCAGACUCUGAAACCUCCACCUCGCACUCCAUGAUAUGGUAGAGAAAUGCCAAACCCCCUCCCCAUUCCCCGCCACCAACCCUUUCUUCCAUUACCCCCUACUCAAUGCCCCCAUUACCCGCCAACAAAAACUCAUGGUUAAACCAUGACAUGCCAAUCAGAAAGCCAACCAAUGGAGGGGGGUGGUGGUGUGGUGCAGUUUGGCCUGUCAAGAUUGCUGCAUGUUUCAUAAGAUUGGUCCCGAUCUGUUUGAAGUGUUGACUCCCUUCUGCUGGCUCCCCCCACUUCUAUAACUCCCCCACAACUACCCCAACACAACCUAACUCACACAAAGCUCCAAAAAACAUUCAGACUCUCAGAACUGUGUUCCCUGAGGUAGACAGUUCCACAGGCUUGGAACAGACGAUCGAAAAGCAACUCCCCUCAUCAUCUCCUCUAGAUAUCUCCAGCCAAAAGUUGUCUUCAUCCUGGAGGACCAUAGGUCUGCUCUCUCAUUAAAGAAAGAGAGAGAGAGAGAGAAAGAGAGAGAUAGAUGACUGAGGCAGAUUUAAGCCUUCACCACACCUCAGGUGAGGGGAGAAAUUGAGGAGGAAAUUUGUUCUCAGUCGGUGGGGGAAUAGAUCCUGUGUCUCUUGGCAAUCAAGCUAAAAUCUCUCGCUCAUCCUCUCACAAGCAAUUUACAAUAACCUGCUGGGAAUAUUGAAACCUGAUUUUGAAAACCAUUUUUCUGAAGAACCGUCGACUUUCCUGCUCCUCUGAUGUUGUGCUCCUCCAGCUCCACACUGUGUUCUAUUUGAAAACUGGUCAUGUAGGAGGAGUGCAUGGGUCUCCCAAACUUUGUGAUGCUACUCGAAGGAUAUUUGUACAUACUCGCGUCGUGAAGGGCCUCACAAAUUAUCUGUAGCCAGACAAAACUCAGCACCAAAGCUAUUCCAUACACACACCCUCCCUGCAAACACCCACCUCCUACAUGGCGCAACUCCAGAAAGAAAUGCACUCUUCCUCCAAUCCCCCUCCCUCUCAGUGGGCCGCCCCACAGUCAGUCGCUCAUACAUAGCCUCCCACAUUUAGAGGCUGUUCUGCUGUUGGAAACAGCUGCUGGAAACCACCCCCCUGAAGGGGCAAAGACGGGCAGGGCUAUAAUUUGGGGGUGGGAAGGAGAGCAGAGUUUUCCAACACGGCCAGCCCAGGCAAGAUGGGGCAGUUGGGGAUGGGAUGGGGUUGGUAGGGCUAAAUAUCCCCCUCCUAGAUUCGUUGUCCAGACACAUGGCAGCUUUUAUGAGACUUUUAACGUUCAGGCUGGGCUUGAUGCAGAAUCCCAGUGGGUGGUUCGUUCUCCCUAACUUGUACUUCGAACAUUUCUGAGCAACUAGUUGAUCAAUUCUGAAGUGAAUUAUUUUCUGAGCUACACUGCUUUUUGUGUGCAUUCGCGGUAUCAAUGAUUAAAGCGCUCUGUGAUUUCCGAUCUAAUCAUUUUUAGCCAGGCAUCAAAGUCAGACUGUGCGUAGAACGAUGUCAGCGCUUCUGUGCGUAUUUGGUGUCUUCCCUUCCCAUGGCAUAUUCAUUUGUAAACACACGUAAUAAAACAGUCAUGGAAAUAUCA